AUGGGUGAAGUUCCAGUCUGUAAGCCAAAUAUUAUACAUUUAUCAAAAGAAGGCGUUAGAGAUUUGAAAGAAAAGAAUUCUGAAGAGCUGAUUGAGAGAAACUCAAAUUUCUGGAGAAAAUUGCUGAAGGAUAAACAAAUUAAGAAAGUGGUGGCACCUAUGGUGGAUCAGAGUGAGCUAGCAUUCCGAGUGAUGAUGAAAAAAUAUGGUGCUGAUCUCACCUACACUCCUAUGAUUCAUGCUCAUCUUUUCGUAAAUGAUACAACUUACAGGAAGAAUGCUCUAACCUUCAGUCCGGAAGAUAGACCUGUUAUUGUACAAUUUUGUGCGAAUGACCCGCAAACGUUUUUGAAAGCCUGUUCCCUUGUAGAAGAUUUUUGUGAUGGUGUAGAUUUGAAUCUAGGAUGUCCUCAAAUGGUAGCCAAAAGAGGUCAUUACGGAGCAUACCUACAGGAAGAGAUUGAUCUGGUUUGUGAUAUGGUUUCACUUGUUAGGGAUUACUGUACGCUGCCCAUCUCUUGCAAAGUUCGAAUUUUACCUUGCCCGAAAAAAACUUUAGACUAUGCUAACCGACUAGUUGAAGCAGGAGCUUCUAUGUUAGCAGUUCAUGGACGAACGAGGGAGAUGAAAGGCACUGUUAGUGGUAUCGCAGAUUGGAGUAGAAUUCGUCAAAUCGUGGAAGCCGUUAAUGUUCCUGUCAUAGCAAAUGGAAAUAUUCAAAUGCCUGGAGAUGUGGAUAGAUGCUUGGAAGCCACUAAGGCUAUAGCAGUAAUGUCUGCAGAAGGAAUUCUUUAUAAUCCUCUAUUGUUCGCUGAGACGCAUGGGGAAUCGUGGAAAAUAGCACUGGAAUACUUGGAUUAUGCAGAAAACUAUGAAGCACAAAUCAGUGCUAUUAGAGCUCAUAUUUUCAGGAUCUUACAUCAUAGCUUGUUGGAGUUUGACGAUCUGAGAACCUUAGUCUCUUGUCAGAAUACCAUUGCAAGUUUCCGUAAAGUCAUUGAAGAAGUAAGAGACAGAGUAACAAUGGCGUCUCAAUCUGAUGAAAAACAGCAAGAUGUUAGAAAUGCCUUGGAUUACUUUGAAAAAAUCAAGAACGGGGAAGCAGAAAUGGAUCCAAUCUCGGUAUGUAGGACUCCCCACUGGAUUUCAAAGCCAUACUUCCGAUUUUCCGAGGAACAAAAGAAGGAAAUUGUGAGCAAAAAACCUGUGAAGCGAGACGAAUUGAAAAGCAGGGCAGAGGACCUUGGAAUAUCAAUCAAACAAAUGAAAAAAAGGGAACGUAGAAAGCUUCUAGGCCAGAAACUUCUUGAAACCCGAAAAUUGAAGUAUCCUCCGUGCGAAAACUGUGGACAGCCUGGUGGACAAGGCUGCAAGCUUAAAAUGUGCAAAAAGUGUUGUAAAUACAAAUGUAAAACCAAACUACUGGAUUGCCCAACACAUAAAUCGAAGUUUUCGAAACUGGAGUGA